AGGAACACCAACUUCCAUAACGGUUUCUGGGACAAGAUCCAACUGGACAGGCGAUAUAACCGUUUGGCGCGUCUUGGUUUUUAAAACUCCCUUGAAUAUCUCUUUCCCUUUAACAACAACAUUGACAUCAAAUUAUUCACCCAAAAAAAAAAAAAAUCAUUAACAUCAAAUUCAUUCAUCACAGAUUUAGGAUUCUAUUUCCUCCUUCAAUUUCUUAGAUCUCUUUUAUCCAUGAAAACUAUUUUUUCCCACAAGAACUUCAAAGCCCUUUGGAAGAACCUUCAUUUAGCCGGAUCAUAGCUUUGUUUAUUUUACACGGAUAAUCAUCUUUCACCUCGCUCAGUUGGACAAGGUGAAAAUUAGGUGGACGUCAAAGUACCCAUCACAAGCAACAACAACAACAAUGGUGAAAAAGAUGAUGGUCAUGGUGUUGAUGAUGAUCGUGCUUGUUGCAGAUGCUUCAAGUGAUACAAACGAUGUAUUCAAUCCUUGCUUAGACACUAAAAUCCAAAGAAGUGAUGGUUUUACCUUUGGCCUUGCAUUUUCUACAAAAGAAUCAUUCUUUUUCAAUCAAACCCAACUUUCACCCUGCGAUAGUCGUCUUUCGCUUUCUGGGAGUAAUGCUCAACUUGCUGUUUUCAGACCCAAAGUUGAUGAAGUCUCUCUUCUUUCCAUCAAUGGCACAAACUUUAAUCCGGCUACGUCUGGUGGAUAUAUGGUAGCAUUUGCUGGAAGAAAGUAUGCUGCAAGAUCACCACCAGUAUUGGUUGCCGACAACACACAUGUUAUAACUAGUUUCACCUUGGUCCUUGAAUUCAAGCAUGGGACUCUUCAGAAUAUGUACUGGAAGAAAUUUGGGUGUGGUGGAUGUCCCAAGGAUUCUGUGUGCCUCAACAGCACCGAAUGCGCAAUGCCAAGCUCAAAGUGCAAAAGCAAUGGUGGAUCAUAUGACUGUAAAUUAAGCAUUCAGUUGACCUUCUCAGGGACAGAUAAGAAUCUUGCCGUGCUUAACUCCUGGUAUGAGGUGAAAAAACUGCGACAGUACUCACUGUCUAAACUUUUCUCGGAUAUGAGAGAUUCUAUCACGGGCCAAUUUGACAGUAUGUUCUAAAGAGCUCAGAGUUGUAACCCGUACACUUAACACAUCUCACUUUAUAUAAGAAAAGCAGUCAAGUUUUGAAUAAUUUUAUUCUUGAUUGGAUUCAUCAUCAGGAUCAAAUAUUGAGUAAGAAUAUUGAAUAUCAUCCAUGAAGAAACAAUACUAUUCAAAAACUUAUUGUAAGCUUGUUUGCUGAUAAAGUUGAUGAGAAAAGCAUAUAUCAGUAGAUCCUUGCAUAAAUUCCACAUGGUGUUUUUAGUA